AUGAUGUAUAACCACAAGUCUGCUGAGUUUAAAGUGAAAGAGAGAAAACCGGGGAUUCACUGUCACUCUCUCUGUGUUUCAGUGGUGGACAGCAAGGUGAUCCUGGAGGGCCUGCAGAGAUAUGGCCCCACGCCAAUCUACCUGCCUGUCAGCUACCGGAUCCUCAACGCCGAGUCAGCGUUCUUCCUGCAGGAGGCGAACCAGGACUUAAUGAGGAACUCCAGCCUGCAGGCUCGCACUGAGUCCUUCUUCAUCCAUCAGGCCAGGCAGAUGCCCUUUAUCAAUGCUAGCUACGGGCCGCUGUCAGUCCAGCAGCCUGUCCCCCUGGAGCUGCUGCAGACCGUGCCCGGGUCCUUCAAUCCAGCCUCCGUCACUUCAUCAUCUGUGCCAACAACAGCGGCGGCAUCGCCCCUGUUUACAUUCAACUGGAAGGUCCACACGUAUAUUAUCAGCGAGAGUAUUCACCCCAGUUGGCCAAAGGUCCAGGUGUUGUUCUACGUAGCCGGGAGGGACUGGGACGAUUACAGUGCCAUCCACAAGCUGCCCUGCGUCCGGAUGUUUGCCUUCCACGAGACCCAAGAGGUGCGCGGCACGUGCCGGCUAAAAGGUGAGUUGGGGAUAUGCGUUGCCGAGCUGGAGCCCCUGGCCAGCUGGUUCAGCCCCCCCACUGUCAGGCCGGGGAGGCAGCGGGUACCAGAGCAGGCCCAGGGCACGCCUGUGGAGCUGUACUACAUGCUUCAGACGUCGGACAACGGAGACUGCAGCUCAGAGGAUUCAAGAAAGGGCAGCCCGGUCCGCUCCGAGCAGCCCCGGCCCAUGGGCUACUCUGCAGGCCACACACCCAUGCAGCGCAUCGGGAGCGUCAGGCUGUUUCAGCCGCUGUUGGAGCUCAAGUUGGACAAUAACUUUGUGGUGAUGGCUCCUUCCAAACCCAUCCGGCAGAGAGAAACAGUCUCCACCUUUCUGUCUUUGUCCACGCUCUCCUCGGUGCAAAUCUUCACCCUCAGGGUCCGGCUGAAGGAUGGCGUGGCGUUCCUCGGAGCCAGAGCCAGUAACCCGGUGGCGUGGACGGUGAGCCAGGACGUCCGGAGUGAAGGUCACAGGGUCGUCACCCUCCACUGCCGGAGGAAGGAGAACAGCUUCGGCCAAAGAGCUCCGGCGGGGGGCUACCAGCGGGUGCUGCAGGUGGACCUGGAGGUGAACGGGCUGAUGGUGACUCAGGGGGGCCGGGAGGUGACCUGGCAGGUGGAGUAUCCGCUCACCCGGAGCCUGACCAACGAGGUGCAGACCCUGAUCCGCCUGGCACCGCAGGACCUGGGUGGCAUCGUGCCACUGGCCAUGGACACGGAGAUCCUGAACACGGCCGUCCUCACGGGGCGCACGGUGGCCAUGCCGGUGAAGGUGGUCACCGUGGGAACAGACGGAGCAGUCUCUGACGUGACGGAGUCCGUGGAGUGCAGGUCCACAGACGAACAGGUCAUCAAGGUGUCGGAGCGAUGCGACUACGUGUACGUCAACGGAAAGGAGACGAGAGGGAGGAGCAGCGUGAUGCUCAACUUCACCUACAGUUUCCUGAGUGCACAGCUGGAGAUGAGCGUCUGGAUGCCCCGCCUCCCGCUGCUCAUCGACGUGGCCGACCCCGAUCUCAGCCAGAUCAAAGGAUGGAGGGUUCCUUUCAGUGCAGGGAACAGGAGGUACGAGCGGGUCACGGAUGACAAGGAUGAUGGGGAUGCGGCCGAGGAGAGGACGGAAAAUCCUUGUGUGGCCCAGUAUCAGAGCACCACCCUGCGCGUCGUCACUCACUUCGUGGCAGACGGCAGAGAAGCGAGUGGACCCACGGACGAGGACGGGCAGGGCCAGCAGAACUUCCUCCUGGGCACGGACUGGCAGGUGGAGGUGACACAGCUGGUCGCUGAUUCACUGAGGGUGAAGGACCCGAAGGUCGCACAGCUGCUGGACGGACAAGUGCUGGUGGGACUGAGCCCGGGAACCACCAACCUACAGGUGCUGUCCCCUCUGACCUCGGCUGUCCUGGCCGAGCGGAGCAUCCGGGUGCUGGAGGAUAAAGUCACGGUGACAGAGCUGGGGGUGCAGCUGGUGUCGGGACUCGCUCUCUCCCUGCAGCUCAGCCCGGGGAGCAACAGAGCCAUCGUCGCCACGGCCACCACACAGGAAGUCAGCGACUCACUCAAACAGGAGUCCCUCAUCAGUGCUUGGCUGCAGUUCAGCGACGGGUCCAUGACUCCGCUCGACAACUACAAUCCGGCCCAUUUCACCCUGGCAGCCACUUCCCUGGAUGAACGAGUGGUGGCGGUGCAGCGCAGUGCGACCUGGAAGUGGCCCGUCAUCGUUGCGAAGGGCGAGGGUCAGGGUUUGCUUGUGCGCGUUGAAAUGAGCCAGACCGAAAUGUGCCAGAGGGGCAAGCGGCGCACUCUCUUAGCCACCGGGAUGGCUAAUGUGCAGGUGAGGUUCGGUCAGUCCGAGGAGCAGUACCGACAGCCAGGAGAUCGGCGAACACGGCCGGAUCCUCCUUAUUACGGUGGAUCUAUCUCUGACAUGGAAACCGGGUUAAUCAACCGUGGAGCCACUACCAUCAGGGGCCAUGUCCCGGUGAGGCCUAAUGGCGGCCGUCUAUCAGCCGACAGCGGAGCGAGAGUCCCGAGCGAAUUCUCCGAAUAUCCGGAUCAGGGCGAGCUGCCCCGGAGCCGCAGCACGGACGAGGACUUGUUGCCGUCUCGACGAGGCCUCACAGACCUGGAGAUCGGUAUGUACGCCCUGCUGGGAGUCUUCUGCCUCGCCAUCCUCGUGUUUCUCAUCAACUGCAUCUCGUACGCGUACAAAUACCGCAGCAAACAGCUGACCCUGGAGGGCCCGGAGACAAUGCCCCACACCCACGACUGGGUUUGGCUGGGCCACGAGGAAGGGCUGUGUCUGCAGCAGCAGCAGCAGGACGAGCUGGGCGGCACUCUGGAGGAAGGGAGUCAACUCUUAAACGGAGUCUGCCAACGAGGGAACGCUGGCGUGGGAGGCUGCGGCUCGAGUCGGAACGAGUCUCUUAACUCACCCACCACCAAGAGGAAGAGGGUGAAGUUCACGACCUUUUCCAACGUCAAGGCCAGUAAUGGAUGUCCUGUGCUCAGCCCAUUAGCGCUGGUGCAGACCAGUGAGAUCAAAUGGGUUUGUCCAGACAUUGAGCUCGGGGACUCAAAGGAUCUUAGGAACUACAUGGAAAAGCUGAACGAGAACGCGAUUAAGAACAUCGCAUAG